CAGUGAAAUGUCACAUGCCAAAACUAAUCGGCUAGUAGAAAAUGGCGAAUUGUAAAUGAUGUGUGUGUGGUGUUGUGUUGAUAGUUAUUUUCUUUUAUUUUGCGAUGUCCGGUACACCGUCAACACGUCGAAAUGGGGCACAGAAGAUCCGUUUAACCAUUCUUUGCGCCAGGAACCUAGUGCGGAAAGAUCUGUUUCGGCUUCCCGAUCCAUUUGCUAAGAUAUCGGUGGACGGAAGUGGGCAGUGCCACUCAACCGAAACGGUGAAAAACACCUUGGAUCCGAAAUGGAAUUCACACUACGACCUGUACAUUGGCAAGAACGACACCAUCACUAUUUCAGUGUGGAAUCAUCGCAAAGUGCACAAGAGACAGGGUAGCGGAUUUUUGGGGUGUGUGAGGAUCGUUAACUCGUUGAUUCAGAGGCUGAAGGAUACAGGAUACCAAUGCUUGGACCUGUGCAAAUCAUCCCAAGACGACAGCGAGCUGGUGAAGGGCCAGAUAAUAAUCUCCUUACUGUCACGUGAUGGCCCUUGUGGGGGCACGCCGUUGGCCAUUGUAAGUCCUCUGGGCGAUAUCAGAGGCCCUUUGAACGCGCCCCCAGCGGAAAAUGGCAACUGCGACGUGCAGAACGGCCCUGUAGAAGAUUUGCCUCCAGGCUGGGAGGAGCGACGGGCCUCCAAUGGACGGCCUUACUUUGUAAAUCACGUCACCAAGUCGACCCAGUGGAUCCGACCGCAGCUGAACGGAAAAGUGGUGGCUGUAAAUAGGUUCCGAUCGGGCCAUAAUCAUGAAGCUAAUGGGAAUGUGAAUAAUAACGAGAUUAUAUUUUACAGGAUUGAUGCGGAACCAGUGAAUAAUAAUAACCAGAUUGAGAUGUCCCAACCUCUAACGCCUGGGUCCAGCGCUUCUUUGGGGUCCCCAAUGGUUAGUCCCCAGCAUAACGAAUCCAGGCAGGCUGCAGUGAAUGUUGCAGUCACUGCAUCUCCUUCCGAAUCAAGAGCACUGCUUUUAACCGCUUUGCCGGGCACUGCAAGUGAACCUAGUCAUGUUAGUGGCAGCCCGGUUGCAUCUGCUAGUUCCACUACAGGUCCCAGUGCAAGCGUGAGCAGCAGUGUUGGGCCGCAGACAAACGGGCAAAGUCCUCAAAGGAUGCCCACGAACAGAGAGAGGAGGGUUCGGGCUAUAGAGGAAAAGCGCGAUGGAAGCAGCAGACGUAGAGGAGGUCGCAAUCGCAAUUCAGUAUUAGCGGCUCAAGCGGCUGCUCAAGUUGCAGCUGCUGUGGGUCAGUCAGCGGCCAAUGGGAACGUUAGUGGAUCGAAGCUCGACUUACCGGCGGGAUUUGAACUGCGCACUACGCAGCAAGGCCAGGUUUACUUCUAUCAUAUCCCAACGGGAGUUUCUACGUGGCAUGAUCCGAGAAUACCCAAAGACUUGACGCCCUUAAGCCUAGCUUUGGACCACUUGGGGCCUUUACCCUCAGGCUGGGAAAUGCGGCAAACCACUUCAGGCAGAAUUUACUUUGUCGAUCACAAUAGCCGCACGACGCAAUUUACGGAUCCCCGCCUAAACUCGCAAAUUCUGAAUAACAUUCUUAAGAGAGUGACACCACAAGCUGUUCAGCACAACGGCCAGCCGCCAGUCAGCACUGCCACAGUCCCGUUAAGCGUUAGCACGGCCACAACUACAACAGCGCCAGCUUCUGCUAGUGUUGUUAACAAUGUAGUGGCUGCGGCGCCCCAGAAUGCCGCCCCGGUCUCUCCCAGGCCCCGCGUUUAUGAGGAUUUGCCUCAGGGCCUGCUGAGUGAAAGUGAGCAUUUACCGAAGUACCGAAGAGAUUUGGUCGCGAAGCUCAAGGUGCUGAGAGCUGAGUUGACGGCACUGCAGCCACAAAGCGGCCAUUGUCGACUAGAGGUGUCCAGGACUGAAGUAUUUGAAGAGAGUUACAGACUUAUAAUGAAAAUGCGACCAAAAGACAUGCGUAAGCGACUAAUGGUUAAGUUCCGUGGCGAGGAAGGCUUGGACUAUGGGGGAAUCGCCCGCGAGUGGCUCCACUUGCUUUCCAGGGAAAUGUUGAAUCCCCAAUACGGGUUGUUUCAAUACAGCCGGGACGAUCACUACACGUUGCAAAUCAAUCCCGAUUCCUCCGUCAAUCCCGAGCAUUUGUCCUACUUUCAUUUCGUCGGGCGGAUAUUGGGGAUAGCAGUGUUCCAUAACCACCAACUGGAGGGCGGUUUUACGCUCCCCUUCUACAAACAGCUGCUGAACAAGCCAAUUACACUGCAGGAUAUUGAGGGGGUCGACCCCGAGUUGCACAGAAGUCUCACUUGGAUGCUCGAAAACAACAUCGAUGAUGUUCUGGAUACCUCUUUCUCCGUGGAGAAUAACAGCUUUGGGGUGGUGAAAGUGCACGAACUGAAAACUGGAGGCUCCAGCAUAACAGUCACCGAAGACAACAAAAGAGAGUAUGUGAAGCUCUAUGUGAAUUACAGAUUCAUGAGGGGCAUAGAGCAGCAGUUCCUGGCGCUCCAAAAAGGGUUCAUCGAGCUCAUUCCACCCGCCUCGUUGAGGCCUUUUGAUGAAAGAGAGUUGGAAUUGGUGAUUAGUGGAAUUGGGUCAAUCGACAUAGCUGAUUGGCGCUCUCAUACUAGAAUGAAGCAUUGCACUGCUGAAACGCCAGUUGUGCAAUGGUUUUGGCAAGUGGUCGAGUCCUAUUCAGAAGAGAUGCGUGCUCGGUUGUUGCAGUUUGUCACUGGCAGCUCGCGAGUGCCGCUCCAAGGGUUUAAGGCCUUGCAAGGCAGUACCGGUGCAGCAGGCCCACGUCUUUUCACGAUUCACUGUAUUGAAGCUCCACCGCAGAACCUUCCGAAGGCCCACACCUGCUUUAACCGAAUAGACAUCCCGCCCUAUGAGACGUACCAGGCGUUGUACGAAAAACUGACUCAAGCAGUUGAGGAAACUUGCGGCUUCGCCGUUGAAUGAUAGAAGCAUUAAGGUAAGUAAGCAUUUUUCACAAAAACAUUCCUCGAUCCGGUGGCAAGCGAAUCAAGCGUUUUUGAGUUGAGUAUUUCCCACCCCUGCGAACGUUAUCUCAAAACUGUGCCUCUAGGUGAUGUAUGCUCAAUCUGUUGAGCAGACACCUACCUUUCAUCGCUUCAAUGGGCCAACAGUAGUACGCUUUGAAGACUGCUAAGUGCCUUUAAGUCCACUAUUGUAAUCACCAAGUGCCUACUUGUUACUCAAUUAUAACACUGCAACGCUCAGCUUCAAUUGAAGACGCUUUAGAAAGCAGACGUUUAGGGUCCCGAAUUGUUCGUUGGUUGGUGAGAAAUUCAAUAAUAUUUGGACUUUGUUUCAACAAUCAAUCGAACACGAUUCGGACAUUUUCGCACCAGCAUUGUGUUACUGAAGUAAAACUCAAGUUUAGUUUAGUCAGUUCAGCAGUUCACACUUUGUGUUAGAUUAGAGGUUUAUUUUUGUAGACUUCACUCACUGUGCACAUAAUUCCAAGGUACGUUUAAGUAAUGUUUAAUACUCAGUAUAGUUUAUUCUAAGGUCCUGUUUAAGAUUAAGUACAAAAAAGAUUGAUUGAAGCACAAUUGCAACCGAUGCAUAUCAGAUGAAUGCUAGAAGCACUCACUAUUUUAGGGUUGUACGCGAAAUGGUCCGGUUAUUUAUGAUUCAUGUGUUUUUAACUGGAAUACAAUGGAUAUUUCAAUCAAGAAAAGUAUCGGUUUGUAUUUCAAAUCGAUGUUAAAAUAGUGUCAUCGUUUUAUCUUUCAUUGAGCCUGAGACAGAAAUUUAUUAAAAUUGGUGUAACUUUACUAGAUCUAUUGAAAAGCGGAAUUGUGAUUUAUUUAUAACUGUGUAUAUAAUAGAUGAUGGGGAUUUUCCGCCCUGUAUUGUUAUUGAUUAGUUUAAAUGUUUAUCAGUUGAAUUGUAUAUGAAUAUGAAUAUAUUGCACAGGUGGCGUUGAUAGGCGGAUAAUUUUUGUUAUAAAUAAUAUUUAUGUUCAAUAUUGAUGUUACGCGUAAAAUAGCCUGUAAAUAUUUCCCUUUUUUAAUCGCAUUUUUUGUGAACCCAUUAUCUUACUAUUAUUAUUAUUAUUAUUUAGCCUUAAAUUAAACUAAUAUAUCGCAUUUGUACAUUUGUGUACAGUAUUUUAACGGAAUGUCACGAGAAUUUGUUUUCUAUCACGUUUUUAUUUUUCAUAUUUUCUAUUGAUCUGAUUGGUUUGUUUACGAAAAGCCAGAGAUUGAUUUAUGAAUGAAUAAAUACAUAUUGCUUUAA